UUGUGCGGAUAUCAUUUAUUUUGUUUUGGCGCCUGAUUGUUGUAAUUGUUCGUUAAAAGCGGAUGUCCGACGAUACGUUAUCGGGUUUGAAUUAACAAAAUMAUUUCUCACGAAAAAUCGUUGCCUUAAGAUUCUCAAAAUUCAAAUCAUUUUGUCAAUGAUGAAAUUAAUGAUUGYAUAAAUACGUUAAACAUACUUGAGAUCACCUACUGAAAUUUAAUAACAGAUUUUGCAAGAAGCCAUAUUAUGGACAAAAUUAAUGAACAAGGAUACAAUCAAUAGUUAUGAUGUCCAUAAAGCAAUUUAUUCAAAUGGCGAAAAACGGUGCAUUUCCUACAUUUUUACCAUCUGAUAAGUCCGGACAAAAUGUACGUAAGAAUAUCACUGAAACAUCAGCGUCUGAAUUAACAAAUAUAGCUCGACAAACUGAAGCUGUUGAUAACAUAAUUCCUACACAAGCUGAUCAAAAAUGUGAUGUUUUACCUGAGAUAAGUGAUUCAGACAUUGAAGAGGUUAUUAGAAGUAUACAGGACAAUCAAGACCCAAUUACAGAUAAGGCCAAGGUUUUUAAUGUGGAUUCCCUAUUGAAUGAUCCUUAUACAUUGUGAUUUAUAUUUUUAAACA